CUGUAUAUGUCGUUAACAGCUACUUAUUUGCCCCAGUAUCUGUGCGCUAGAGAUGUCGACGCGUUAUACACGUUAUACUCAUCGUUGACAUCUCCAACGCACAGAUACUGGCGCACUAUCCGAGUUAUUAUUUGCUUAUGCUACUGUCUAUUUGUUCUUGCCGUUGGUCGGUGUCAGUAAAUGAUUGCCAAAGGGAAUUGUUGAAUCGUAUUAAAUAGCUUCUGCAUUUCGCUGAGCCAGCGUUUUUUUGGGAUACGCUACCUGUGGCUUUGUGGUACGUUGGCAGCAGUUUUACUUAUACUCUGCUUUUCCUGGCCACAGUAAUAACCUACAGCGUGGUGAUAUAAAAUGUAUUAUAGCGCUGUAAUUGUAUGGAUAUUAACAUGUAGCCUUUCAGCGUACCCUGGACAUUUUGUAUAAUAUAAUAGUAAACACGGGAUAUCUCAUAGUGUCGGUUUAUAGAUAGAGAAGUAGGUUGCAGAUCUGCAGACAGCAUUUCGCAGAGGCAGACUUCGCGAUGAAGGACAUUUCGAGGGUUAUGGUGUAGGGGUUACCGACCGACCAUCAUCAAAAGCGACUGAACGAAGGAGGCCACGCGAGUCAAUGCAAUGGAGCCCCAGAGAAUGACAUCUUCAUCCCUGAAAAUGUUUUCAUCCUGGAGGAGGAGACUGUGCAGGAGGCAGGUGGUACAUGCAAAUCCAUGUUAUUUCUAAGGCUAUUGUUUAUGUCAAGUAUAUGCAGUGAUUCUUGAAUAUAACUAUAGCCAAAUAGAUUCCUUAAUUGUUUUCUACCAAAAGGAAAGAACGGUUAGUACAGCAUGCCGAACUGACCCCUGGGUGCCAGAGUGUUCCUGUGCUGUGGUGGAGAAGAGGUCCACCGGGACCAUCACUAAAAGCGCUCAGGGCCCAGCUAGAUUGCGCUCACGACCAUCAGUAUACAAUCGAGUCCUGCCCCUAGUCGCCACAGAUGGAGCUGACGGAGAGUGAGAUCAGUGAAGACCAUAACUCGCUACAUCAACCUGAGAGCUCAGAAACACACUCAUCACAGUGCGAGCUAAAAUAUACUAUCGAUCACUCUGGGGGAGCGGGAUGGUGUUCCGAAAAUGGAGAAGGAGCAGGCCAUUCAACAGCGAAUUCAAAGAUACACCCAUCCAUAAAGGGAAUUGGAGGGGAAUUGUUUUUCCAAAGAUUUUUUUUUACCAGUUUCAAUGGAUGUGCUUCCUUGUCCUGGUUCUGCUGUUUCGACUCUCUCUUUCAACCUAUUAUUGCUCAGCUAUGAAAAGCCAACUGACAUUUGCUCAUGAGCUGUUGAACUGUUGCACCCUCUAUAACCACUGUGGUUACUAUUUUGAUGUAAAAAGGGCUUUUGUCUAUAUAUUUGAUUGAUUGAUGUGCUGGAUGCUGUGUAUUCACUAACUGUCUGAGUGAUGGGAAAUGUUUAUAGUAUCUGUAACAUAUUUUGGUGUGUAUAUAAUGCAUUUGAACUUAUUUCCCAAUUUUAUAUUAUUUAUUGACUGGCUAUGGCUUUCCAGAUUGCCCAACACUGCUAUUUGUAAGGUUAAUUUUAAGUGCAUGUUGUGAUUUCUUUAACCAUUCCUGAACCUGUGACCAGAAACAAGCUACAUAGGGGCAAUACCAGAAUAAGUAAUCUACUGAUUCAGUCUCUUCACAACCAAAUCUACAGAGCUGAGAUUGUUGUAUGCCCCAUACAUAGAGCAUUCUGUUGAUGGCAAUAAUUUUAUAUAAUCAUUUUAAUUGAUCCAAAGUGUCGUCAAGUGUGGUUGUUUGUACCAGUUCAUAAACCAUGUGCCAUGGAAUUGGUACAUUGAAAAUCUCCUCCAGUUUUUUUGCAACCUGUAUGGCGCAGCUGUCAACAUUUUUGUCCUCAGAUGAAACUGGUAUAUUUUUCUAUUUAUGCCAGUUCCUUUCAUCCAAUUUGUAUCUUUAAUAUAUGGCAGGCAAACAAGUUCCCUACCUUCUCCCUUUUCCACUUGUCUCCUCCAUUGUGGUAGUGCUGCAAUCAGUUGGUUGUAAAUUUGGAUUGAGCAGAUAUUCCCAUAUAUUUUCGAUAACUGCAUAUGUGACAUACAGUACUUGUGCAUUGAUUUUAAGAAAGGCAAUGAUGUUUAUGGUUAGGUACACAUUGGUGCAACGACAGUGCUUUUUUCGCGAAUGUGCUUGUUAAAUCAACACCCGCUUGGCGAAGUAGGCUGUGAUUCGAUGAUAAAUUAACAGGCACCGCAUCGAUUAUAUGCAACGCAGGACAAGCUUGUUAAACUAGUAAUAUCAUCAACCAUGUGUAGUUAAUUAGUGAUUAUGUUAAGAUUGAUUGUUUUUUAUAAGAUAAGUUUAAUGCUAGCUAGCAACUUACCGUGGCUCCUUGCACUCGCGUAACAGGUAGUCAGCACGCCACGCAGUCUCCUCAUGGAGUGCAAUGUAAUCGGCCAUAGUGAAAAAAAAUGCAGAUUUACCGAUUGUUAUGAAAACUUGAAAACAUCCAUAAUUAAUCGGCCAUUCCGAUUAAUCGGUUGACCUCUAGUAUGUACGUACGGUCACUGGGGACGAUGUUGUCGGUGCACUUAUUGAUAAAGCCGUUGACUGAGGCGGUAUACUCCUCAAUGCAAUUGGAUGAAUCCCAGAACAUUUUCAAGUCUAUGCUAGCAAAACAGUCCUGUAGAGUAGCAUCCGCAUCAUCUGACCAGUUCUGUAUUGAGCGAGUCGUUGGUACUUCCUGCUUUAGCUUUUGCUUGUAAGCAGGAAUCAGGGGGAUAGAAUUAUGGUCAGAUUUAACAAAUGGAGGUUGAGGAAGAGCUUUGUAUGAGUCUCUAUGUGUGGCGUAAAGGUGGUCUAGAUUUUUUUUUCCCUCUGGUUGCACAUGUGACAUGCUGGUAGAAAUUAGGUCAAAUGGAUUUAAGUUUGCUUGCAUUAAAGUCCCCUGCCAUUAGGAGCACCGCUUCUGAUUGAACAUUUUCUUGUUUGCUUAUAGCCUUAUACAGCUCAUUUAGUGCAAUUUUAGUGCCAGCGUCGGUUUGAGGUGGUAGAUGAAAAUGCUCUUGGUAGAUAGUGUGGUCUACAGCUUAUCAUGAGAUACUCUAGCUCAGGCAAGUAAUAUCUCAAGACUACCUUAAUAUUAGACAUCGCUCACCCCGACCCCUCGUCUUACCGGACGAACCUGUUUUGUCCUGCAGAUGCACGGAAAACCCAGCCAACUGUAUAUUAUCCGUGUCGUCGUUCUGCCAUGAUUCGUGAAACACAAGAUAUUACAGUUUUAAUGUCCCGUUGGUAGGACAGUCUUGAAUGGAGCUCAUCUAGUUUAUUCUCCAGUGAUUGCACAUUGGCCAAAAUAAUGAAUGGUUGAGGCGGGUUACCUACUUGCCGACACAUUCUCACAUUUUCCGCCCCCUGUAUUUCCAUAUAUUCUUCAUGUGAAUGACAGGGAAUUGGACCUUGUCUGGGACCAGCAUUAUAUUCCUCGCUUUAGACUCAUUAAAGAAAAAUGAUUUGUCCAGUUCGAGGUGAGUAUUCACUAUUCUGAUAUCCAGAAGCUAUUUUAGGUCAUAAGAGGCGGUAGCAUCAACAUUAUGAACAAAAUAAGUUACAAAUAAUGCAAAAAAAGGAGCCCGUAAAUUGGCAGCCGUUUCCUCCAAUUCCAUUCCAAUCUAAGUAUUUCUAGUGUGUGUGUGUAUUUUUGAUGUAAAUUCUUAUAUGUGUGGUGUCUUUCUCUUUAGGUUCGGUACUGUUUGAAGACUUUGAGGAAACAGAUGGUCGCCAGACAAAAUAAUAACAACAAUAAGGAGACAGGUCAGUGUGUGUAGAGGGAACACAUUUGAGCAGGUGGAGUCAGGCUUCUACUUAAUCUCCCUGGCCACUACACCAAUGAGGCUGAGGACCUCAAGUUUGGACCAGUGGGGGCCACCAACUCAUCGUAUGCCUAUCACAACUUGGCACAUAUGUAUCGUUCCACCUUCCUCAAACUCUAGUGCCAUGCUUUUGAUGACCAUUUUACCAAUGUCUAUGGAUUGUACAAGGAUUUUAUGUCGGGACUUCCAACUCCACACUAAAUCUAAUUCCAUCUCCUGUAUUGUUCUGCCCUCUCUAUAGAUUAUGCUAACUCCCCACUGUAAGAACCUGGAGAUUUUCACUGGUUCUGAGGGAGGUGACGUGGCCACAAACAGUGCAUGGGACACCUUCCAGCACUACCUCUGUCUAGAGAACAGCCAGAGAGGGUGGUCAAGACAUCUGCCGUAACUUCAUCUUUAGUGUGUCAGCUCUGCUGUACCUGGGAGCUAAAGACAGAGCUAUGGAUGCAAGAACUGAUCAUCACGCCUCCUAAAACACCAUUGGAGGAGACGACCCAAGGUUCCUCGCCUUAGACCUCCUCCGAUGGGUUUCGAGAUGGAUGCAAGUGGAGAGGAAAUGGCUCUGGCUUGCUGAUGUCAUAUGAUCUGAUGAGAUUCCCUAUGUGAUUUGACUCCUGUAUCACUGACUGUAUUAAAAAAGAAAAACAUCCAAUGACAAAUAAAAAUUAUUUGGGAUUCUGUAAUUGAUAGUCGAUGGUGUCAAAUCCAAUUCAAAAGCAUGAGAUGGCACGCGCGAGCAAACACUGAGUUAAGAGAGAAGAAAUGUGGUCCAGCGAGGAGAGGAUGGGUCCCCUGCACAGGCCAGUCAAGAGUGCAAUUUAAACUUGCAAGUGUGACUUUGAGCAAGCAAAACAUCAUUGUCACACAUAAAAAUACAUCUUAAACAGUACAUACUAUGUUAAUAAAUGUCUUAUUACUUGUAACAUAGGUUUGCUUGUAAGAGAGAGAAUGUUGCUCGCAUGUUGUUUGUCUGUUAGCCCAAGGCUUUGGAAUACAAGUGUGAAUCCUUAGCCCAGGGUUAAAUCAUAGUCCAGCCAGGGUUAACAAUGCUUGUGUGAACACAGGCUAAGCUAGCCCAGGUCGAGUCUAGCCUGGGGCUAAGAACAAUGCAGUGUGAAAUGGCCUUCAGAGGCUCAUCUCAAGCUCUUUCUAAUACUCAAAUGCAAACAAUCCAGCAUCGUCAGUAUUUGUAUCUGUUUUACUCCACUAGCCCCUUCACUCUGCCUCAGUUUCCAGCCAAUGUUUACAUAGUCACCCUGCCUACCAACCAAACAAUUGUCACCAAUCAUAACAUUGUUGGGACAGAGUCAUACACAAAUGUAAUACCAUAUUUGCAUGUCAACACCCUCUAACUUUCGUUAUCUAAAAUGUUGUGGUUUUUGUUUUGCAUCAGUUUCACAUGAGUGCUUUUUAUAUAAAGAAAGUAUUAAAUUACUGUGGAGACAAUUUGAACAUGAACUGAAAAUUACAUUUAUAUUCAAACUAUAAAAGAAUUUGCCAAGUCAUAGGAAAGCAUAUGUGUCCACUCACCACAUCACUCUGUUCUGUGAAAAGACUGUAGUGAUACAGACCAAAUAUAUCGCGAGAUCUCGCACGCAACACACACACACCUUAGCACAACAUAUCCAAUUUCCCACCACAUUAUCUCAGGCUCAGUGCAGCACAUCAUAACGUCCUGUAAAAAGACACCAGACAUCCAUUACCUAGAUAGUGGGAAAAACAAUACAUUCUAAGGGAAUAAACAUCUACACAGACAGUAACUUAAGUCUAUGACCUGUCUGUGUAUGCUAGAGUCCUGUUACACUGGCCUCCAUUCUAAAAAGGUGUCAUGUUAAAGAAAACGAUACAUAUAUUGUUACAUAUAUGAUCUUCUACCGGGAAAACCAGUGUGUAUUCAGCUGACAGACACAUGACAUUCACCUGACGCACCAACCUAUUUAGGUGACCUUUUACCUCAGGCAAUUACGGAAACACUUAUUUGCAAAUGGUAUGCAAAUAGUAUGUCAGCACCUAGCACUCUCUAUCUGUUUGUUUACUCUAUGUCCAGGUUCAUUGAGCUUGCUUUUUCUCUCUCGCACAUGUCAGGGAGAAUUCAAAGGGCAGUGCUAAGUAUGGGAGGUGAGCAAGCGCCUGAAUGCUCAGCUGAAAGAGUCUGAGAAGAGACACCAGGAGGAAAGGACUGAAUGCAGACUGAAAGUGGUGAGUUCAGCUGGCGUCUUGACAAGCAGUCGAAGCACCUGCAGCGAGUGGAGGGGUAGGCGGAGGAGCGAGGUCACAGGUUGGAGGAGUUGGAGCGGCUGCUGGGGGGCAUGGAGCUGGAGGGUGUUGUCCUGAAGGACAAAAUGGCCGACAGCGAGGCUGAACUGCUGCAGCUGAGAGCAGCCAAGGAGGGGGGGCAGGAGAAAAAGCAGAGGUGAGGAGGAUCUGUCGGCAAAAUGACUACAAAUCAGUCAUACAACUGAAACGUAGACUGUCUGCACAUAGUAUCUCAUAUACAACUCUACAUGAGUAUACAACAAUACAGUCCUCAGCAACAGACGUUGAAACAUUGCUACUCAAGCCUACAACGUUCAUGAAUUGCCAUACUUAUAAAUCCAAAGUUUGAAAAGAGUAUACAGCAUAUUUUUUAAGAUACUAAAAAGGAUACGGUAUACUCCCUUUAAAAUUUGGACCCAUAAAUAUGGCAAGUUCAUACACAGUGUAGAUAUGAUGGUAAUUCUGUUUAUGUAACCACUGGGUUGUGGUGUGAGAACUGAGGAGCUGGAGAAGGAGCUGACUGUCCUGAAGGAGAAGAUCCAUCAUCUGGACGACAUGCUGAAGAGCCAGCAGAGGAAGGUCUGCCACAUGAUCCAACAGCUGCAGAACUCACGGACAGUGAUCCAGGAGAGAGAUCAGGUGAUCAGGGAUCCAGAGGAGAAGGUGAUUUUCUGGAAGCUGAGAACACAGAGAUGCGUGACCAGAUGGGAGUACUUCCUGGAGGGUCAGAAGCCCACCUCUCUGCCCACCAAAGAAUGGAAACCCAAACCCCAUCAUCUACAGUAAGGUGAUAAAACCUUCAACAACGCAAGGCAACAAGUCACUUCCUUUAAUCAGUCAUUGAGGUCAAGGCUUGGGAGCGGGAGAGAGAAUAGUAUGACCUGAGCCCUCGGACUAUGCCUCAGGACUACCUGACCUGAUGACUCCAUGCUGCCCCCAGUCCACCUGGUCGUGCUGCUGCUCCAGUUUCAACUGUUCUGCCUGCGGCUAUGGAACCCUGACCUGUUCACGUGAUACCUUGUCCCAGACCUGCUACUUUCAACUCUCUAGAGACAUCAGGAGUAGACUGACAUUUACUCCUGAGGUGCUGACUUGUUGCACCCUCUACAACCACUUAUUAUUUGACCCUGCUGGUCAUCUAUGAACAUAUAACAUCAAGGCCAUGUUCUGUUAUAAUCUCCACCCGGCACAGACAGAAGAGGACUGGCCACCCCUCAUAGCCUGGUUCCUCUCUAGGUUUCUUCCUAGGAUCCGGCCUUUCUAUGGAGCUUUUCCUAGCCACUGUGCUUCUACACCUGCAUUGCUUGCUGUUUGGGGUUUUAGGCUCUGUUUAUGUGCAGCAAAUUGUGACAUUAGGUGAUGUAAAAAUGGCUUUAUAAAUAAAAAAAACAUUGAUUGA